AUGGAGUUGACCAAGAGGUAUUGCGUGCAGUAUCUGGACGGCACGGUCGAGUGCUUCCGCGAUGGGUUCUGGUAUUCCGACACGGGUAUAAUAGUAAAGUGGGCGAUCCUCGCGAGUUUCUUCCUCUUCUUCAUGGCGUGGUUCCUCGGCGGGUAUCUGCAUGCGAAGGCGCGGCUGAGGAAGGGAAAGCCGCUGCUCGCAUACCACCGCUGGCUCGUAUCCUACCAGGACCGCAAGCGCUACGGCCAGACGACGCAGAACCGCUACGAGUACUACGCCCAGCCGCCCUACCCACAGCAGCAGCAGCAGCAGCAACAGCAGGCCUACGGACCCCGUCCAGAUGGCACGUGGCCCGAGCCGCCACCCAUGUACAACGGCGAUGCGCCCCCGGGAUACGUGCCGCCCCCGGGUGCGUCUAAGAUGGAUCCCAAUCAGGCGCCGGGCAACGUCGAGAUGGGGCAGUAUCCGCCGCCGCCGCCGAUGGGCGCGCAGCAGACGGGUGGGCAGAGCGGCUUCCAGCAGGAGAUGCCGCCGCGGCCAGCGCAGGCGAGGCUGGCGGGGUUGUUGGGCAGAUUCAGGAAGUAA